AUGCACUGCUUCGCCUUCCUGCGGCGCUGCGGGCCGCGGGCUGGCACGCCGCCCCCACCGCCGCCAGCGCCGAGCGGCGAUGAGGCAGGCGCCGAGCCGCAGCGCGGGCGCGUGACCUGCUUCGGGGAGGCGAUGAUCCGCUACAUCCCAGACUCCGACGAGGGGCCCGACCCGAGCCCCUUCGCGUCGCGGUGGCUGCAGAGCGCCGGCGGGGCCGAGCUGAACGUGACCGUGGCGCUCGCCCGGCUCGGCUGGCCCGGGCACUUGGCGCGGUGGGUCUCCGUGGUUCCCCGGGGCGCCUUGGGCGACCACUUCCUCUCGCUGCUGGCCCAGGCGUACCCCGACGGCAAGGGGGAGGGGAACCUGAGCAUGGUGAGGCGCGAGGAGGGGGACGUGGGCAUAUACCACGUCUGGCCCGCCAAGCACAAACUCUGGUACCAGCGCCACCGCUCCGCGUUCGGCCUCAUGGACCCUGCCUGGUUCGGGGCGGCGUUCUGGGCCGAGAUCCUCCAGGAGCCCGCCCCUGGAGGGGGGCCGGCGGUACUGCAGCUGACUGGCAUCACCGCUCAGAUCACCCAGAGCACGCGCGCGGCGUGGCAAAAUGCUCUGGCAGCCGCGGCCGCGCACAAGAGGGCCGGCUGGCGGGUGGUGACGGUCCUCGACAUCAACCAUCGGCCCGCCCUUGGCCCCUGGGAGGACCUCUGGGCCCUGAUAGAGCCGCAUACGAGCGCCCUAACCUCCUCGUGCUCUCGGCCGGCGACCUCGCGAAUCUGGAAGCCCGCUUCCAGAUGCCGUUGGUGCCCUCCGAUCCGUGGUCUGCUUGCCGGACGGUGCCGUGGUGUCCUCGCUGCCCUGGGCCGUACGGCAGCGGCCCGUGGAGGAGAUCGGAGGCGGGGACUCCUGGCUGUCGGGCACGAUGGACGGGCUCGUGGGCUCGACGGGCCCCGCGUCGGAGGCGCCGCGCUGGGGCGCGGGGACGUGGCUGGGGGCCAUCCGGCAGGGCGACAUGCUCGCCACCCUGAAGCAGAAGGUGGUCGGGGACUUCUGCAACGUGGAGCGCGGCGAGCUGGACGCGGCGCUGCGGGCCCACGCGGCCGACCCUGGGGCGGAGGUGUGAGACCGCGGCUGGCGCCAACCGCGCCAGCCCGGUGCCCUCGGGCACA